AUGGCCAAAUUCAAUAAAGCCCCACUAAUGAACGACGGUGAUGGGCUUCUGGCGUAUAGCAUAGUGCAAAUCUCAGUUCGAAUUGGAUCCGUUGGAGUUCAGUUUAUCACCUACAAACAACGUACCGGAGACUAUCGCACAAUCAAACGGUGCAAACUACGAGGUGGACAACGUGUAACUUGGCCGAAAGGUGUGGAAGAGAUGAAACCAAGGAAUUUAAGGAUGGCUGAGAAGUUCAGCAUGGGAGGAUCAUCCAGAGAACUGAACUUAGGCCCGCUAUUACGAGAUAAGAAGCACAGGCGCAGCUCUACUUCUACGGUCUUCCCACAGACUCUGACAGCUGAAGCUUGUCUGAGCAACAUAGUCCCUAUGUUACCGCAUCAACAGCGACAUACCGUGGAUGAGACCACCUUCUGGAUCCAAGGACUGCAAUGGUAA